ACUUAGCAUAAUACUCUCCAGGUCCAUCCAUGCUGUCACAAAAGAAGGCAUUUUGGAGAUCAAAGAUGGGUAGAAAAGAUGCCUCCACUGUAAAACUUCCUGUUGAUCAGUACAGAAAGCAAAUUGGUAAACAGGAUUAUAAAAAAACCAAACCUAUUUUACGAGCAGCCAAAUUAAAAGCAGAAGCAAAGAAAACAGCAAUAGGCAUUAAGGAAGUUGGCCUUGUACUCGCAGCUCUGUUGGCCCUCCUCCUGGCUUUCUAUGCUUUCUUUUAUCUCAGACUGUCCACAGAUGUUGACCCUCAUCUGGAACCGGAUGAAAAUUAGCUGAGCAGCAAUCAAUGCAUUAUAAGAAAAUAUUUAUAAAAGGACCUUUGGGGAGCAGUGCUUUCUGAAUACUGAGACUACAACAUCUUGAGUUCUUCCUGCUAGUAUUUUCACUUUGGAGAAAUAUUUUUUAAAUAGUUGCGUAGUGUAUCAAGAAAAGAACCUUACCCUAGCAAUGUAGUGUAAUGUAUGCUACUGAAUACUUUCAUAAAUCCUCCUACUUACACAGGAAACCUGUUCAUGGCGCAUUUAGAUAAAAUGGGAAACAGAUCCCAAAUCCUUCAGAUGUUUUACCAGUCUACAUGGAUAACUCCAUCACUUGCAGAUUCCUAAACCUAUUUUUGUUCCAUGCAUACAUCAGAAGCCAAAGUAUAUAUCCUUAUUUACAGAAACAUACUCAAAUCACAUCCAGGGCCGAAGAAGGAGCGAAAAGUCAUGGGAAAUUUUUUGUUUUACAAAGAAGUCUUGCUUUCUUUCCAGACAUAUUUUGUAUCAUUAGAGAGACUAUCUGCACAGACAGCUACAGUAAUCUUUUUCCUUCUUUGCCAACUGUUCAGUGCACAUGUGCUCCAUCAGAAGUGGCACCUGGAUGACAGAAGCGCAAAGAGCCACAUAUGUCUCUGAAAUAGAGUUCCUUUCCUCCUAGGCCGUCUAAGCUGGUGUAAAUAGAAAGUUCAGUUGAUCUUGAUUUUAAUUAACUUAUGAGACUAUUAAUAUAAACUUGGAAUUCUAUUUUAAUUAUGUUGUUCUGGCUGCUUGCGGUAUCAGUUUGCUUCUCUUGUUCGGGCUUUAUGCAGCAAUCUGUCAUAUAAUUGUGCAGUCUUUUUCACGUACGGUACUAGGAGAAGCCCUACCUAUUCAGAGUAAUUUUCGUGGGUCAUGGUUAUCUUUUAAAGCUGAACGAUACAAGGUAUUUUACAAAAUUACAUUUUUUUCUCUUGACAGAUAACCAAUUAGAACUCUUUUAUGAAAAAAAAGUAGGAAAUAUAUGUCUCAUUACUGGCAUAUACAGCUUUUUGUUUAUAUAAUUUUUUCAAGCUAUUUUGCAUUUGUUACACUAUAAUGACAAAUAUAUUCAAUAUUUUUAUUGAUAAUGGAAUUUCUUCAUAUUUUUAGAACACAUGAAUACAUAAAGGUUAGAAAAUGGAAGAAUAUGUGUUUACUGUUUACUGAUAGAUAACUACUUUCUUAUAUAAAGAUUUAUAGAAAAGGAAUAGUUUGAAACAUGUGCACAAAAUGUUUUAUAGUAUAUGCAUUCUACUUAUGAAGAAUAAAUAAAAUGUUAAAAUUGUUUCCAUACUUGCCAAGGGAAGAAAGCUUUCAUAAAUACCCUACAGAUUCUUUGAGACUUUUGCAAAUAGUGGAUGUGACUAUAGCAUUAUGUUCUGCAGAAUGUUUUCAAGUUGCAUAAUUAUUCAUCAGUGUGAAAACAGCCAAAAUUUCCAAUAUUCUCACAAAUCAUUUAUGCCAAACAUUUGAGGGCAAAAUUUAGACACUGUUAUUUACUGGAUUCUUCCCCUUGAAAUCACAAACUUAAGAGGCAGACCAAGAGUUCUUCUACACUCACCGCAGCAGACCAACCCAAAUGGCAUUUUUAGGAAAGGUUACAGCAUUUAAUGCCAUGUGGUAUGUCUGUCUGUGGAGUGGGUGGCAAAGGAAUAUCCAAGCUGGCAUUUUGGAUCUGAUGGGCCUUUUACUUUCCCAAGUGACAGGCCACAUGUCAAGAAAUACUUUUUUCUCCACUCCUAUUCCAUUUACGUGAACAGUUUUCAUGUAGUUAUUCCCCCUCCCAUAUGGCAUUAAAAACAGUCUUACUAAAGUUAUUGCUAAUUUCAGUGAUAAUUUAAAUGAGAGGAUAUGUAGUAAUUGUUUAUUAAAUACCAAUCCAAGUGACAUAUAACAGAAUUCGUAAUAUAUAAAAUAGAUGAUUAUACUCUUGGAAAUGUUUGAAUAUUAUCGUGAAAAAAACAAAACAAAACAAAACAAAACCCACUAGGUAAUAAUAAAGUGUCAUUACCUAGUUUUCUGAUACCCUGAACCUAUGGCUAGUCCGUAUGACUGAUUGACUUAGGAUAGCCACAGACAACCGUAAGUCCCAAAGGCUAAACUCGGAUUUUAAUAAAUAGCAGGUAAAAUGAGACAACAUAUGCUUAUAUAAUACUGUUUUUGUGAAGUGCAAAUAUUGCAUACUCACGUUAACUGGGAAGCAGCCAGUCCUCUGCAGAGAAAUCCCAGAUCGUAGUCUGGUUUCAAUCUUUGAAGAGGUAGGUGGUAGUCAGCCUGCAGCUCCAGGGGGCUACACGUUUGAGUAGUAAGUGGUGUUUGGCAUAAAUCUGCGACUGGCACCAGAUACAAACUUGAAGCAUGGGUUCCCCCCCCCCCCCCAAUAAUUGACUGCUCAGAGUAACCCAGAAGACAAAUACAGGAAAAUUAUAAUGACUUUUCAGAAUGUUAGAAUCUGCUCACAUAUUCUGCAGAAUAAAUUGCAACUAAUGCAGCAGACUUAAUAUAUUGCCUAUGUGAAUGAACCUUGGAUAUAAAAUAAAGAUUAAAAUUCAUUUGAGAAGAAAUAUUGUAAAAAUAUAACCUCAUCUAGAAUUUCUUUUAAAACAAAUGAACAAAAAGUCUAUCUUAGUAGCAGCAUGGGGUUUGUUAUUGUUUUAAGGUGGCAAAACACUUGAAGAUUUUCUGUCUUUUCAAUAUUUCAUAAAGAUGGAAAGAGUACCCCCAUCCCAACCAGUGAUUGUAAGAUACUGAUAAUAUGUUCUUAUGUUCUUAUUCAUUUUUAUAAUUUCAAUAAUAUAGUGAUCUACACGUAUUUAAUAAAUGCAUGUUAAAAUUUCAGUUAAUAUUUUUUAGUCCUCCUAGAGUCUGGCACAGUUUUUGUAUGUAUUAGAUGAUCAAAUUUAUGUGCACCUAAUAAAUAAAAUUUAAAAAUUACAAUAUUCA